GGCAGCAAAAAUGAAAAGCAUUUACUUUUUGGCUGGAUUGUUUGUGAUGCUGGUACAAGGCAGCUGGCAACGUUCCCUUCAGGACACGGAGAUGAAAUCCAGCUCAUUCCCAGCUCCCCAGACAGACCCAUUCAACGAUCCAGAUCAGAUGAAUGAAGACAAGCGCCAUUCACAGGGCACAUUCACCAGUGACUACAGCAAGUAUCUGGACUCCAGGCGUGCCCAGGAUUUUGUGCAGUGGUUGAUGAACACUAAGAGGAACAAGAAUAACAUUGCCAAACGUCAUGAUGAAUUUGAGAGACAUGCUGAAGGGACCUUUACUAGUGAUGUAAGUUCUUAUUUGGAAGGCCAAGCUGCCAAGGAAUUUAUUGCUUGGCUGGUGAAAGGCCGAGGAAGGCGAGAUUUUCCAGAAGAAGUCACCAUCAUUGAAGAACUCCGCCGCAGACACGCUGAUGGCUCUUUCUCUGAUGAGAUGAACACAGUUCUUGAUAAUCUUGCUACCCGAGACUUUAUAAACUGGUUGCUUCAGACCAAAAUUACUGACAGGAAGUAAGUACUUCACUAUUCAAGAUCAUCACAGCAUCAUCUGCCAGCCAUGUAGGAUGUCUGGAAUUUUAAGUUCUGUAAAUUUAAGAGGCGUAUACUGAAGCCAUAUUGCUUUGCAUGCCAAUAAAUAGAUAUUCUUUUAAUAUUGUGUUGCCAAAAAUUAUAAAUGGAAUAAGCCAUUGUCAAAAUGUUGCUAAAAUAUCAGCUUUAAAAUAUAAAAAUGCAAAAUUCUAUUAUUUCCUUCUUAUUUUGGGUGAAGUACACUAACCUACUUAUUCUUCGCAAUGAAAUUGUUUUUCAUGAUAUAAUUUGUACAUGUAAAUUGUAUUCCAAUCACAACAGUGUAAUAACAGAGUAAGGGAAAGACCGGUUACUAUAGUGGUGAAACUGAAAAAAGAUUUUUGUCAUUAAAAUGUCCAGCUUUCAAUAUAUCAAAAAUAGACAAAUAAAAUUUUCAAGCUUC